AUGGCAUUUGCCGUCCCACGAGCCCUUGCCGCCGCCUGGACCCCCAGACCCGCUAUCCGCUAUCCGCUAUUUCCCCUCCUGCUGCUUGGCCCUUCCUGUUCCGCGGCCGCCCGAGCAGACGGUGUGGUGCAUCCCGCUCGGACGGUAUUCUCGGGCUCGCCCAGGACCUUGACCACCUUCCCAUGCUGCAUAUCAGUUGAAAUCGGGCAGGUGACCAAGUGCCGCCCCCGCGGGCACGGGAAGACCACAAACUUGCUCAUAAUUAAAUUUGCAAAAGAAACGGGAGCGGUGAGAGAGCACACUUCUCAAAUGACUGCCAAAACACUCCGCUUCAGUACUGGGAACAGCAGUAUCUUCGAAGGGGCAAGAGACGAAGCCCGGGACUGGCGACGCCAAACCUGCCAGAAAGAAGAGGACCGUGAAGAGAUUUCUCUGUCAUUGUUGGACCUAAUGCAGGAUGAGCACAAGUGGGAAUUGCGGAGAACCAUUCAAGGCGCUGCUCUGGUGUCGAUGUCGUCUCAAAAGAAACGCCUGACCAUGAUUCCGGAUCAAUCUGACGAUGUCGAGUUUCAGGAUGUGUCGAAAAGCUAA